GUCCAAAUGCAAAAUGUCACAAGACUAUGCCAAACAAAGAGCAUUGUGACUGUCAAUGGUCAAUUUCCGGGGCCUAGAAUCAUAGCAAGAGAAGGCGACAGGCUAGUGAUUAAAGUGACUAACAAUGUUCCCUACAAUGUUACUAUCCACUGGCAUGGUGUUCGUCAAUUAAGGAGUGGCUGGGCUGAUGGACCUGCCUAUGUGACACAGUGUCCAAUUCAAACAGGCCAAACUUUUGUAUACAACUUCACAGUCACUGGCCAAAGAGGGACAUUAUGGUGGCAUGCCCAUAGCUCAUGGCUAAGAGCAACACUUUAUGGUCCCAUUGUCAUUCUUCCCAAAAGACAUGUGCCUUACCCAUUCCCUCAACCCUUCAAAGAAGUCCCCAUCUUAUUUGGGGAAUGGUGGAAAGCUGACACAGAAAGUGUUAUCAACCAAGCAAUGAAAACAGGAUUGGCACCCAAUCUCUCAGAUGCUCACACCAUCAAUGGUCUUGCAGGAUUUCUCCACAAUUGCUCAGCCAAAGAUACCUUCAAACUCAAGGUCAAGGCAGGGAAAACUUAUCUCCUGCGUCUGGUCAAUGCGGCACUCAACGACGAGCUCUUCUUUAGCAUUGCAAACCACUCUCUCACUGUGGUGGAAGCUGAUGCAGUAUAUGUAAAGCCCUUCAAAACAAACAUUGUAUUAAUCACACCUGGCCAAACCACCAAUGUCCUUCUCAAGACAAAGUCCAAGGUCCCAAAUACUACCUUUGUCAUAGCUGCAAGGCCUUAUGCUACAGGCCCUGCAUCUUUUGACAACACCACUGCCACUGGGUUGCUUGAGUACAGCAAAUCUUCAGUUUCAAACACUAAACCAAAGAACAAGAGGCUUCCUCUUCUUAGACCACUGCUUCCAAAGUUUAAUGACACUGUCUUUGCUUUGAACUUCAACAAGAAGAUCCGUAGCUUGGCCAAUGUAAAAUUCCCUGCAAAAGUUCCAAAAACUGUUGACAAACACUUCUUCUUCACAGUUGGAUUAGGAAUUAGCACCUGCUCAACAAACCAGGCAUGCCAAGGACCCAAUAAUACAAGGGUGACAGCAUCCAUAAACAAUGUGUCCUUUGUGAUGCCGAACACUGCGUUACUCCAAGCCCAUUUCUUCAACCAAUCCAAAGGUGUAUACACAACUGAUUUCCCUGCUAACCCACCUUUCAAAUUCAACUACACUGGCACUCCACCAAGCAAUAUCAUGGUAACAAGUGGGACUAAGGUUGUGGUGUUGCCAUUCAAUACAAGUGUUGAGUUGCUCCUGCAGGACACCAGCAUUAUUGGUGCUGAGAGCCAUCCACUUCACCUUCAUGGCUUUAACUUCUUUGUUGUGGGUCAAGGCAAUGGAAACUUCGACCCCAAUAAGGACCCUUCCAAGUUCAAUCUGGUUGACCCUGCUGAGAGGAACUCUAUUGGUGUGCCAUCUGGAGGGUGGGUGGCUUUGCGCUUCCUUGCAGAUAAUCCAGGUGUUUGGUUCAUGCACUGCCACCUUGAAGUGCAUACGAGUUGGGGAUUGAAAAUGGCAUGGAUCGUCCAAGAUGGAAAGCUGCACAAUCAGAAGUUGCCACCUCCACCCUCUGACCUUCCCAAAUGUUGA